AUGACAGACGUUGGUGCCUAUCGGGAUGCGGAAUACAUCGCUGACGUGUCCGGCAUAUCCUAUGACGAUGCGGAGCCCCCGAUGCCAACUGGCACGCUCAGCAGCCAAAACGCGCGUGUGAAGAAAGUCAAGUCGACCGCCAAAGUGGCCUUCAUUGAUCGAUUGCUGCGCGAUCUCGACAUAUUAGUUUAUUGUCAACUCUCCGCCCUGUAUUACAUGGACUGCUCGAUUAUCCUAUUUGCCAUACGUGCCAUCGUCGAAUUGAUCUUCUUCACGCCAAAGGCACCGCCCUUUGAGCCCACACGUAAUCAACCGUUUGUCGCCGCCAUCAUCGGCAGUAACCUCAUCUGCAUACUCUUCCAUGCCUUCCUGAUUCGUCCCGAAGCUGGCGAGGAAACACGCGGCUACCUACAUGGGGGACUGUUCAUCGAUUUCAUCGGGCAGACUCCCGUCUCUGUUUACCGGCUUCUCUCGUUUGACCUUUUAAUCUUUCUAAUCGAUUUUAUCAUGCUGGCCUUGAUUAUCGAGCGGGUGAAGACUAAUGGAACCCCCGCCCCAGCGCCUACUCCACCGAAUCCAGAUACAGCCACAGAUACAACCACAGAUACACGCCUAGACGCGGACGAGUCCCAACCACAAGACCAUGAUGCCGAAGAGCGUGGCGUUCUCCGACAAGAAAACGACGAUGAAACAAUGUCCCGCGCUCAUCAUAGUUCCGAUUCACAUCACAGUAACGGCAUCGACGAAGAGGUUGAAGAAGAGCGCACAACCCUCUUGGCCGACCCGGCCGACGCUGGAUCUGACAGUGGUGCUCGGGGCGAGCAUCCGAUGGAUACAUUCGCGGCUGGCGAGGCUGUCAUUCUCAACAUGAGCUUCCUAGGUACAAUUCGUGAUCAGUGGCGCCACUCAAAUGCGGCGGCACCGUCGACGUCGGGCUUCGUGCCAUCACCCGAAACAGCAACGUUCCUCCGACAGCGGUUUGGUCUCCAGGUUGGGACUAAUGGUCGCAUUGAGCGUGCAAAUACAAUAUGA